CCUGGGGCUUCUUAAUGGCCCCAGAUCACCCUGGGGCUCUAGAAAGGGGAGCCUUCGCUCCCCGGCGACCCUCUGCCCUUUGCAAAGAGCUCCAAUUCGUGGGGCUACUGCCCGAGCCACCAUCUGGAGUCCACGGCCGGACCCCCCUCCCCUCAGGGGUGAUCGGCCAGCCCCACCCGCGCCAAGGCCCAGUUCAACAAGUUUUGCCAAGAAGUCCUAGAACCUCCAUUUCUAGGCCUGGCCAGGCAGCUCCGCAUGGGCUCCGUGGGCUCCGAGUUGUGCAGCGCCCUGCGGGCAACAGGGACCGGUCAAAGGGCGCCGUCCAGAGAGUUGAGACUAGAGCCCGGCAGCCCCUGGGCUGGGAAGUUUGGUGUGGAAGCUCGGGGUUUGGAAUGCGUCAUCGGGGAGCAGGCACCUCGGCCGGCAGCUUCACAGCAGAGUCACAGUGGCAUCUUUGAGCGGUGGACAGCCACGUCCCUGAAGCGAUCUCUAGGCUCCAGCCCCAAUCCGCCACCAUUCCGUGCUGCGGGGACACCAUGGCUCCAGAGGAAGAUGCUGGAGGGGAGGCCCUAGAGGGCAGUUUCUGGGAGGCUGGCAACUACAAGCGGACGGUGCAGCGGGUGGAAGACGGGCAUCGGCUGUGUGGGGACCUGGUCAGCUGCUUCCAGGAGCGCGCUCGCAUCGAGAAGGCCUAUGCCCAGCAGCUGGCCGACUGGGCCCGAAAGUGGAGGGGCGCCGUGGAGAAGGGUCCCCAAUAUGGCACACUGGAGAAGGCCUGGCAUGCCUUCUUCACCUCGGCCGAGCGGCUGAGCGCGCUGCACCUGGAGAUUCGGGAGAAGCUUCACGGGCAGGACAGUGAGCGGGUGCGUGCCUGGCAGCGGGGGGCUUUCCACCGGCCAGUGCUGGGUGGCUUCCGAGAGAGCCGGGCUGCUGAGGACAGCUUCCGCAAGGCCCAGAAGCCCUGGCUAAAGAGGCUGAAGGAGGUUGAGGCUUCCAAGAAGAGCUACCACGGAGCCCGAAAAGACGAGAAGACAGCCCAGACUCGGGAGAGCCACGCGAAAGCAGACAGUGCGGUCUCCCAGGAACAGCUGCGUAAGCUACAGGAGCGGGCGGACCGCUGCACCAAGGAGGCUGAGAAGAUGAAAACCCAGUACGAGCAGACGCUAGCAGAGCUGCAUCGCUACACCCCACGCUACAUGGAAGACAUGGAGCAGGCCUUCGAGACCUGCCAGGCCGCUGAGCGCCAGCGGCUUCUCUUCUUCAAAGAUAUGCUGCUCACCCUACACCAGCACCUCGACCUCUCCAGCAAUGAGAGGUUCCACGAGCUCCACAGAGACCUGCAUCAGGGUAUCGAGGCAGCCAGUGAUGAGGAGGACCUGCGCUGGUGGCGCAGCACCCAUGGGCCGGGCAUGGCCAUGAACUGGCCACAGUUUGAGGAGUGGUCCCUGGAUACACAGAGGACAAUCAGCCGGAAGGAAAAGGGUGGCCGGACUCCUGAUGAGGUUACUCUGACCAGCAUUGUGCCCACAAGAGAUGGCGCUGUGCCCUCACCUCAAUCCCCCGGGUCCCCAGGCGGUGGGCAGGAUGAGGAGUGGUCAGAUGAGGAGAGUCCCCGGAAGGCUGCCACUGGGGUGCGGGUGCGGGCACUCUAUGACUAUGCUGGCCAGGAGGCUGAUGAGCUGAGCUUCCGAGCAGGAGAGGAGCUGCUGAAGAUGAGCGAGGAGGAUGAGCAGGGCUGGUGCCAGGGCCAGCUGCAGAGCGGCCGCAUCGGCCUGUAUCCUGCCAAUUACGUGGAGUGUGUGGGGGCCUGACUGCCCUGACGGCCCUUCUGCAAGGUUUCUCCACCCUAAGAAGAGCCCAGCUUCUCCUGGAUGGCUGGACUGAGGGCUCUGAAUCAUUGUGCCCCUGCUGUCCCUCUGUCCCUUGAGGAGGGAGGAAGUCUUAGGGAGCCAGGGAGGGGAGGGGCUGUGUCUAGGAAGGGAAGGGCCGGAGGAGUAUAAGCUGAGGGCGAGAUGGGGAGGUCAGGUGACAGGAGGGUUCAGACCUCCCCAGGAGUGCUUGGUUCUCCCCAGGAGCCGUGGACCUAGUUUCUGGCCCCUGUGUUUUGGGGCUCCUGGGGUGGGCUUGGGGUGAGUGUAGUUCUGGGCUAGCAACACUCUUUUGUGGCUUGUUAGUGUGUAUUAAACUUGAAAAAUAAAAGCA